AUGGACGGCAAUGACCGUCGACGUACGCAGUAUGGACAACCAUACCAAACACCAACGCAGCCACGGCCAUUGCCAGGCCAGCCUAUGGGUCCUCCGUCUAGUGAUCGGUAUGGGCAAGCAACCGGCCCUGCGAGGAGUGACGCGGGCUCGUCUGCAAUAACUCCCCGACCGUAUGUCCCAAGCUAUCCGGGAUACGCAUUCCACGAGCAACAGUAUGGGACUUCUCAAAUGCAGGGCAGCAGCCCGAUGCAAGGGGUACAAAUGCAGUACUCACCCGCAUACAUUCAAGAGGCAUCCAGGCAAGGGUCGAUCACUCCUUCGCCUUCGCAACAACAACAACAGCAGCAGCAACAGCACCAAUACGGGCAGUAUGGACAGGGCACCAUGCUCCCACCGGUCGGUGGGCAAUCCAUGUAUGACAACAUCUCAUACCAGCAACGACAGGCGCUUGAGGUUAUGGCAAGUCAAUUUGCGGUACCGCAAUAUAUGCCUCCAAGCGAUCAGGCGGCACUGGCAGGAGUUGGGCCUAGUCCGUCGCAGUAUCUGACAACGCAGGCGGAACAAAGCGUCUACGGCAAUGUGCCAGUAACGCGUGCGCCAGUUCUCCCAACAUACCCAAGCCGUCAGAUGGACUUUCCUGAAGCCACGCAGCACCAGCAACAACCAUCCGAAAGUGGGGCGGCUCGGGAUAGUAAGCAAGAGGCGCUGCAAGAAGGUCUGAGGGAUUACAGACAGCAGAUCAGAAGCGUAUUCGAUAGUAUUAUUUCCGGUAGAGUGAACGAAGCGAGUGAGAAGGUCCUCGCGGCCACGCGCUGGUUGGCGAGCUCUGUUGACGCCCUGGGACUGCAUCAUGACGACGAAAGCAACCACCUUGAACGAAUCCAACUCUGGACUGAGCUGAAUCUCUGCUGGGAAGCGCUUGGUCAAAAGCAGAAAGAAGUCACAGAAGAGGCAUUGCGAACAACGAGGCUCUCAGGGGACAUGCUUUCAAGCGAGAAGAUUACCAGUCUGAUCGACGAGCUCAUCAGUAUGUGCGAUCAACUUGAACAAUAUGGACUGGUCGACUUUGAGAUGGGGAUAUGGGAAGAACAAAUCAUCCACAUCUUCACUGUCUGCUUGGACCUUCUUCCUGGUGGUGGCACCGGAAGUGGAGGUGAUCGACAACAAGCUGGGUCGAGUUCAUGA